AUGGUUGAACGUUUCCAUAGUCAGUUAAAGCCUAUCCUGCAGCCCGCAGAAGGCCCGGGAAACUGGUCAGACGACCUCCCCCUUGAACGCCUCGACACUCGCGCGGAUCUGAAGUCGGAUUUGGGCUGUAGUGCAGUCGACUUGGUUUUCAGCACUACCCUCCAACUGCCAGGCGAGGUGGUUAACCCAACCCUUCGUGGUGCCCACGUCAUUUUUGUUUACCGUCUGCGGCAACUUCUGUGUUCGCUUUCCCCGGUUCCGCCUCGAACUCUAACGACCGAGUCUUAUGCCGAAAAAGGCUUGGACGACUGCACUCAUGUGGUCUUCCGCUGUAACCGUGUACGCCAGCCGCUGGAAUCACCAUACGAAGGACCGGUCCAUGUGUACACAGGCAACAUGAAGACCUGCCGGAUCCUUCGCGGUGACAGGAAAGACGUGGUCAGUGUCGAUCGGGUAAAGGCAGCUGUCGCUGAGGUGCCGCCGGACCUGCCUCAAGGAUAA